CGACGCCAAAGAACCUCGUCGACGCGACUUCAAAUUGGCCGACAUAAAAAUAUGGCGGAAGGAAGCAAAAAAAACAAGAAAAAGAUGCCGCAGGAGGAGCCAUCGGGGGCCACAGACGAUGCCGCAGACGAUGCCGCAGAUAAUGCCACAGACAAUGAGAUGGCGGUAAGUGUUUCAACAGCAUCAACAACAUCCUCGGAUAUAAGGACAGUAUUUGCAGUCCAGAUGUCCGAGGAGGCCAACAAGGAAGUGCGUGACCAGUACAGAGAACUGCUGCAAACUGUGCAAGAGCAAGCCGACAAAGCAGGACAAGCGGGCGUCGAUAUCGCCAAUAUUCAGAAAAUGGUCGAUAAGGCCAACCAGACAUUUGCCUCAGUGAAGCGGCCGAGGGAAGCCGCCCUGGACGCUCAGUUCUUAAAAACGUGCGGCGUGCUGGCCAAGCUCAACAUCGAGUCCUCACAGUCAAAUCUCAGAGUGUUUCGGCCCUCGGAAUUUGGACAGAAGUUGGCACUCUUUAUGCAACUAGACAGUGAAAGCAAGAGAGGGGAAAAUGAGGUAGAUUUUGCAUCCUGGAAAAGAUUUGGCAGAGCGGUGUCCUCCCUCUAUAAGAAGACGACGGGGAUUGAGCCCAUGUUGGGGGCUUUAGAGUGGGAGAAGCCCAAGGCUGUUCGCAAAGAAAGAGUCGUUGAGAAGGACAAGGAGACCCAGAAGAAAACGCCCACUGAGGUGGCGAAUGCCGUCAGCGGGGAAGAACGGCAGACGGAGGAGGUACUGCGGCUGUACAAGAUCCUCAACCGGCGGUACCACGAGUCCGGCAACCGUCCAGUGUGCUUCCUCUCCUUCGUUGUGAACCCCGACAGCUAUCCACUGACAGCCGAGAACCUCUUUCACACAAGUUUCCUCGUAAGCCAACAGCUAGCCAUAGUGGAGGAAGAGCAUGGCAUUCCCGUGAUCUCGCCGCAAGAACAGGGCCAAGCCGUAGAGAGCAGGGUCAGCUCCCAGUGUAUUGUGUCCCUCUCGGAGAAGGAAUGGCGGGACAUCAUCAAGACUUUCCGCAUCACGCAGGCUAUGAUUCCUUCUCCGGCCAGCAGGGCGAAGAAGAGGAAGUCAUAAUCGUCUUCACCCUCCUCCUCUUUUUUUUUUUUUAGUUUUUAGGGUAGUAAUGUCUUUCCUUUGUUUUUUUACUUGUUAUAUAUUUGCCCUUUCUUUUUUUCUUUUUUUUCUUCUUCUUCUUCUUCUUCUUCUUCAUAGUCUUUCCUUUUCUAUUCCUCUAAAAAGAAAGCGAAAAGGCAUUACUGUGAAUUUAGUGAAAAUUAUAAAGUAAAAAAAAAAAAAAAAAAAAGAAUGUGAAUAGACCAGUUUUCUGUCUUAUAUUUUUAUAAUCAACUACAAUCUCUCAUCAUAUGAUUGAUAUUUCAUUUUUCCGGAUAAUUGUAGAUUUUCUUAUAAAUUGCAUUUCAAUUAUCACUAUAUAUAUAUAUAUAUAUAUAUAUAUAUAUAUAUAUAUAUAUAUAUAUAUAUAUAUGUGUGUGUGUGUGUGUGUGUGUGUGUGUGUGUGUGUGUGUGUGUGUGUGAUACAUUGAAAAUAAUAGCACACAUUACUGUACUUCUAGUACAAAAUUAGUCUUGUCAUUUUCAUAUUUUUAUACACAUCAUAUCUUUGUUUAGUGUUGAGCUGUAUAGGCAAAUUAACAAAGAAAUAUAUAGCACAAUGCCUAAAUAUCAUAAAUAUGUCAGUGAAGUCGUAGAUUAAUAUUUUUUCUUUGUUAUUCCCAUCCCAUGCAGUACACUUUGUGCCGUACUUUUAUUCAUUGUAUCAUUUUAAUGUCCAUGGCUGUGACACCCCUUGGAAAACCAGUGGCAUUUUCCACUUGCAAAUGGAUUGAUUCAUUGAAAUUGGUUUCUGUUGUAUUAAAAGAAACCAUAGGUAUUAACCUAAAAGAAUUUUCUCUUGUUAAGAAAAAUGUAUAUAUGAUCAUGAAUCUGGAUUAAUGUAACAUUGAACAAAUUAAAUGCUGUCAUUUCCAUGGCCUAUGA